AUGCCGGGGAGCCAGAGCCGGAGCCGCGGCGGGCGCUGCGGCAGCCGCAGCACCCGGGCCCACCGCAGUCCCCGCACGUCACAAGCGCCCAGCCAAUCACCGCGGCGCCGGCGCACAUCAAAGGGGCGGGCUGCCCGCGAGCCACGCCUCCGGGCUGUCCCGGAGGCCGCGCGAGCGGCCGUGAGACUGGGCGGGCGGGACGGGUGGAGCGUGGCGCGUCCCGUCCGAGGAGCGUGGGUGCGGGGCACCCUCUGCGUGCGCGUGGGCACGUGCGUGAGUCAGUGUCACACUGCCCGCCUCCCGCCGGGCUCGGCGCCAGGAAUCUGCAGUCAGCCCUUCCACCGCCCGGCUUCCCUCCGUGUCGCGGGACAGCCGGGUGACCGGCCCGCCAAGCAGCCCUCCCUCCACGUGCGCCGAGCUCGCCCUCUGCCCUUCCAGGAGGAGUCGCGGCAUCCUGCCGAGUCCUCGGAACUCUGUCCCCAAAUUACCGGGUACUCGGGCUUGCCGAUGGAAGAACUCUCCCAAUCCAGCACCGCCUAAACUCGGAGUUGGAGAACCAACACUGAGCACAGUGGUGCAAAUAAAAGCCGCUU